UUAAGCAUGCGCAGACGAAACAAUGUGAAUACACUUCGGCAAAAGUCAGUUUCAUAACAAUGAAAGAAAAAGCGCUUUUUAAAAAUAUAAGACCUGUCAUCAGCAAAAUCUAUGCCCGACAUGUUCAUUAUAUACAGGGGCAAUCACCUGAUCCGAAGACGCGUGAAUAUUUCUAUUACAUAGACCACCAAGGCCAGCUUUUCCUGGAUGAUGCAAGAAUGAAAAACUUCACCUCAUGUUUCAAAGAGAAGAAGUUUCUGGAUUUCUUUUUCUCAAGACUGCGUUUAAAUACAACAGACAGGUAUUCAAAUGAGUUCCCUUACCUGUCGCCCUGUGGACGAGAGAGAAACUACAUCCGAUGUGACGAUCGACCAAUUGUGUACGUUCAUCUCUCUGACAAUGCAGAUAGUUCUGAAGACAUUCUAUCCUAUGGAUAUGCCGGUACAACCAAACUGUGUGUACCCUUUCAGCCGGAGAAAGUGUGUAUGCUGCCUGAAUCAGGACGAAUUUAUCAUCCAGCGGACCCCACAGUUGGUGGUGUUGGUUUGAUUAAGUCGUCUAUAGCUAUAGCAAUUAGUAAAUACUUUGAUUUUGGAAAUGGCGAAGACAAUCCACCAACUCAUUUCACCUGGAAAGAUGUUAAGUAUACAUUAAAUAAUGAUUUAAUAACCUAUAUAAACAUGGACCUGUCUAAAGCAGCAGAGAAAUUGUGAUGAGAAAUUGCCAUCAUUUCUAGAUACAAAAAAGUAGUGGUUGUACCAUUGAGUGUUAAUUUUGAAUCAAUCAAGUUUUCGUUUCAGAUGCAUUUAAUAAAGCUGAAAAUUACACCAUAUUGUGAAAAAAAUUGUGUACAGACUGCAAUUACUAAUUUGAAUAAACAACUGGAAGAUCCAUAAGAUUUUA